AUUAAGCUGAAACCAGCAUGUAAUUUGGUGCUGUGCAAGUAUCCGCAUGAUAAGCAAACCUGUGAUCUGCGUAUCAAAUCUUUUGCGUAUCCUUUGGAGACUGUUCGUUUCGAGUGGUUUUCGCGUAAAAACGAUGCCAUCGAUAAAAAUCCCGACGUGAAACUGCCUGAGCUCUAUAUAGCCAGAUACGAGCCAACGGCGAUUUUUCGUGUCUUCGAGCCGUCUUCAGACUGA